AUGUUCAGUAUGAACCCAUCCACAGCAAACUCCGAGCCAGUCAUUUGUGAGGUCUGCGGGGCAUACUUUGAGAACAGAAGAGGCCUCUCCAGCCAUGCUCGCCUCCACCUCCGCCAGCUCGGUAUAACGUUCACAGAAAACAGCGGGUCUCCCAUAGAGCUGCUCUACCAGCUCAUAGAAGAGAAAGACGGCUCUGCCGAGGUUUCAGAACUUAACGACUCUGCUUCUGCGUCGACUCCUCCCAAAAAGGCUGAUGGCCAGUUGGAGUCCAAGACGUCACCAGUGCAGGAAGACUUUACUUCUUUCUCCAAGUCGGGGGGGAGAGUCUUAUCAAAGCUGCAAAAGAGUGAUCAUCAGGAAUCUCCAUCCAUGCUGAAAGAGCAGGGAGUAAAUCUUCUCCCCUCAUCUCCUUCUUCUCUGAUGCCACAUGAAGGCAGCAGCUCUUCAUUUUCAAAUCAACAAACCAAGCCGCUGUGGGCGCCUUUGGAAACCGAUGCUCCAAUCACUUUAGCUUCUGUCGCCAGUGAUGAGGUCCAUGUUUGUGAGCUUUGUGGCUCCUGGUACGAGACCCGAAAGGGUCUGUCGAGUCACGCUCGUGCCCAUCUCCGGCAGAUUGGAAUCCCCGACAGCGAGAUCAAAAGCAGCCCGAUUGAAUAUCUUUAUCAGAUCAUGAAGGAACAGGACUUGAAGCCCAUCAGCGCCGAGCGACAGGAAGAGCUUAAACCCACCAGCCCCUCUAAAUCUUCCUCCAAACGUCUCUUCGGUGUUUUGUCUUCUCCAGCUUCUACGCCCAGCAAACGGCCCAAAACAUCUGCGGACUUCACCUGCGUUCUGUGCGGGGAGGAGUUUGAGAAUCGAAAAGGUCUGGGCAGCCACGCGCGCUCCCACCUGCGCCAUAUCGGAGUGAGCGACUUGGUGGGGAAAAGCUCCGCCAUCGGCGCUGUGGAGGAGCUGGUCAGCAGCGGUAUGUUAGAACCCGUACGCCUACCCACACUGAACAGUGCAGCCAGUUCCUCCACGGCACCAGCUUCGCCUGCUGCCCCUGGGAAGCAAUCCAAGGCUUCGUUUUCGCCCGUGUGCCUCUCACCGAGUCCUACGAGUUCUCAUUCUCACCCGCUUUUAAACAAGGCGCCAAAGGCUAAGAAAGGAUUUCGGCUGGCGGUGGACCCCCUUCUCAGAAAACCAAAGCCCGAGCCCGUAGAAACGGAGGUUUUUAUUCAACCAAAGCCGUCCAGCAGCGACAGCAGCUCUUCUAUGCAGAAAGUUUCUACAGCUCCCAUUUCCAAAAAGCCUUCUAACGCAGAUGUCCUGUCUCCACCAACAGUCCUUUGUGACUUCUGUGGUCAGCUGUUCGAUACCCGCAAAGCUCUGUCGUGCCACGUCCGCGCCCAUCUGAGGCAUCUCGGUGUCACGUGGUCGAUUAGGACAUCUCCGAUCGAUCUCCUCAAAUCGGUCAUGUCGCAAGGUGAGGAGAGGAAAGAGCCGGCGCGCAGCAGGUCGUCGGCAGCAGGCAAAGCACCGUGGAGCACUCAAGGCUCCAGGAGAUCUCGGAGCAGCCUCCCGCCUCAGGAAAGAGCUUCCAACUCCAACGCAGGGCCCGUUGAUUAUUCCAUGAAAGAUAAAUCUCCAUCUAAGGCUGCGGGCUCAAACCUCGGCUGUUACUGCAUGAGUGACCCUAUAGCAGGGGUGCACAAACUUUUUCAGCAUGCGAGCUACUUUUAA